UUAGGUCUUUUCAGAAGUGAAAGUGCAUUGUUCCCAUGGCCACCCAAGGUCUUGGAUUGAUUGGCACUGGCUUAGGAAAGGUGAUCAUGACCGAGGCCAUGACAUUGGUGCCACAUGGCCAUAAUGUCAACUUUGACGUGAAGUCUCUGGAUGAGACAGUGGUGGUGGGGCAGAUCAGUAAGCAGUGGGUUGGAUUCCUGUGGGAAUCCUUCACAGAUGCAGAUAACUUUGGAAUCUCCUUCCCCGUGGACCUGGAUGUGAAGGUGAAGGUGGUGAUGCUGGUAGCCUGCUUCCUCAUCGACUUCAUGUACUUUAAGAGAAGUAGAGGAGACGGAUCACAUUCCCAUCCCUAUGGGUGACAUUUUCUGCCCAAUGAACAACACCAGGAUUAAAAUGAGACAAUAACUGUGUGACUUGAGGACUUCCAUGUUCCAUCCAUUGAUGCUCAACGUACAGCAUGUUGAAAUGUGAUGUUAAUAGAAUGUUAAAGUUAUAAUCUGGGGUAUUACCUGCUGCAUUUAUUCACUGAAAA